AUUCAUGCAGAAGUUUUGAAAACAGCUGUAAGUGCAGAAUCCGUAUAUUUAUCAGGUUUGCUGAAACGUGGUUCGAACGGAAUACGACAGUCUGGACACGAGAUAGUUUCAUCAGCACGACAGCAGCGUCUAAACAAGUCGAGUGCGAGAAGUACCAGCCGUGUUGAUUCUACAUCAGCAGAGGUAUCUUCAACGACCGAAGAAUUUUACGAUCGAUUAGGUGUAAAAGGCCUUGUAUCGGAUCGUUACAACGCAGCAAAUAAUACUGUUAAAGUUGUAUCGGCUUCUCCCACAACACUGUUCGGACGAGCUAUCACUGAGACAGCAGCAAGCCAUGCUUCGGAACCAAUUUCCAGGAAUAUAGGUUUACUGAUUCGAAUUCACCUGUUUUGCAAAUUGAGAAGUUGCUUUACGACGGAAAUGACUUGUUCCAGCAUAAAUGGGAGCUUUCAGAUGCGCCCAAAAUUUGAUGGAGCUGUGAGAAAACGAAGAAUCCAGAAAACUCAGCUUGUGAAAAGCCAUGUGCUCUCGUUACCAAAAGCAGUACUUGUUCAGAAAUUCGUACGCCCAUCCAUUUUUGAUCGUUUGAGUUAA